UCGUCUGAGUGUGCUAGCUAGCAUAGGGUAAUAAACAUAUCGAAAUGUUUAGGUUAUUAAAUCCCUAUGUUACAUCCAGACAACUAAAUAUUAUUAGAGCCACUAUACAAUAUAGAAAAACAAUUACAAGCUCAUAUACUAUCGUACAUGAAAAUCUUGAGAAUUUUACAUACACUCAACCUAUAUUUUUAUAAAGUAAAAUAACAAACAUAAUAACAUUAAGAAGUGUUUUGAUUUUAUUAGCCCAAUACAAAAAACUGACCAAUAUAAAUGCCGUAGAUAUCUUAUUCGCCAUAACGGACGUCACUAAAUGAAUCGCCUGCCUCAACCAGCAAGUGGGUAUAUAUAUAUACUUUCUCCAUGAAUUAUGGUAAAAUAUUAUCGGAUGUUCAAAGGUUUUGCAUAAAGCAUUAGUUUGAACUCGAGUUUAUUUCCGUUGUGAAUGAGACUGCCGAAUAUUGACUAGGCGAUACGCGUCUUGUACAUAUCAUAGGCCUCGAAUACCAAAAAAAAGGAUACCUAUUACUAAUGGCUAAUGUUACUCUCUUUAUUAGAAAAUUGUAAUCAAAUACCUAAGUAGUUAUUUAUUAUCAUAGUUAUACCAAACGGUGAUAAUAAAAUUAUUUCACCACCAACUGGUAAAGGCCCUCUUGAUUAUUCAUGAUUCAUGAGAAAGUUGCAUUAUAUCCACAUGUGGGGCAAAGUAAUCAGAUGCAGAUUUUGAAUUGUUUCCUUAUGUUAUCUGGUAGAUUGACUUUUAAACUUUAAAACUUUGAUUAUAAAUGAUAUUUUUUAUGACGUUCAUUUGGAUUUGAUUUGGUUUGUUUUUUUUUUUGGUAUUUCGUAGUUAGUAUUUUCUCGCGUUGGUGUGGUGAAAAAUAUUGUGUUUCACUCGGAGGCACAGUUUGUUUAACCCUCGUGCCUUGAAACCUCGCAAAGCUCAAGUUCCACUUCUCGAACCACUCUUUCGCUUGCUCGGGUAUAAAUAUUAGACCGAGCGGGUAAAUAACAACUUUGCCCCCUUAUGAAACAAAUAACUAUAUCACUGCUAUACUGCUAACCACCCAUAUUUGUAACUAAGGUAGUUCUAACUUAUAAUUGAGUGAGUUUAAAGUUCAGUAGACUCAUUUCAAGUAGGUAGAUACUAAGUCGCACCUGCCACUUUGGCUCGAAGCUCUCUAAUCAAUCCAGCCAUGAAAUUGCCACUUUUUCUAUACUUUACUAUAUUUUACACUAAUUUAAUGUUUUUUUUUUCUUUUGUUACAGUCACGGAGAAGGAAAUCCGUCUUUGGCACAAAGGUUUCCUCAAAGAUUGUCCGAAUGGAUUGCUGACCGAACAGGGUUUCAUCAAGAUCUAUAAGCAGUUCUUCCCUCAAGGGGACCCGAGCAAAUUUGCCUCGCUGGUAUUCCGAGUGUUCGACGAAAACAAUGACGGAUCAAUCGAGUUUGAGGAAUUUAUAAGAGCGUUAUCAGUCACGUCACGUGGAAAUCUAGAUGAAAAAUUACAUUGGGCCUUCCGUCUAUACGACGUCGACAACGACGGAUACAUUACGCGAGAUGAAAUGUAUAAUAUAGUCGACGCGAUCUAUCAGAUGGUGGGACAGACGCCUCAGCCGGAGGACGAGAAUACACCACAAAAACGCGUGGACAAGAUCUUCGACCAGAUGGACAAAAACCACGACGACCGGCUGACGCUCGAGGAGUUCCGCGAGGGCAGCAAGGCAGACCCGCGCAUCGUGCAGGCGCUGUCACUGGGGGGCGAUUAAUCCACGGUCAUCCUCUCGCCGGACUUCACAUUUACUUAGAGCUACCAACGCAACACCGCCGUGUCGUUGGGUACCUACCUUCGCCUUUCCCAUAUCCCGGUAGCACCUUUUAAAGCACAUCGACCGAAUAAAUAUCUACAUCAUUUUUCUUAUUAAAUUAUGUAAACACGACCGUCACAAAUGACCUAAAUUUUAAAAACCCAUAACAUACGGCGGAUGUUCUCUAGAAAUAUUAUUUGCCAAUAUGAACAACGGGCAAAGAGCGAGGCGUUAAUUUGAAUUUACUUUCAGUUUGAAGUGUGAUAUCGAUAAUUAUUAACAUACUUAAAUCGUAUUCUGCUCAACAUUAGGUAUAUAAAAAUCUUACAAAACGUGUAUUGGACACUUAGCAGAAUAAAUAACAACAUUGUAAUGUAUGGAAAAAUCAUAAUCUGUGAGAUUAAUAUUUUGAUAUGAUUUAUUACCGAAAAAGAUUUGUAGUUUGAUGUAAGGGUAACCGUGUGCAAGCGGUCGACCGCUUGCGUCGCCUGCAACUUUCCAUUUUCCAUAUUAAAGCUACUAGCCGAGCACUCUUUCUGUUCAUGUUUUCGUUCGGUUCUUCGCGUAUUUCUAUAUGAGGAAGGAACUUCUCUUUUAUCCUAAAAGUAUGUAAUAUUUAAUAGCUGAAACUAAAAUAUAGUACCUACAUAAAACCUCUCUCACCAUAUUACCUCGACAUCUAACUCAUGUUGGCAAAUUAUAAAAAGUAAAUGAUGAUAUUCUUGAUUCUUUUUUUCGCCUCGACUACACUGACAGCGAAGUAGUGAGUUUAAAUAGUUCAGUGUUUAUUUAGCGUUAUUUUAGUACAUUGCUAGAUACCUAACCUAAGUUAACCACACCCGCUUUAUCCGUGCGAGAGCGAUGAAGUAAGGCUUGUCAGCCGACAUUUUUUCAAAGGUACAGCAAAUAAUUUAUCUGUAGACUACGUACUUUCUAAGUCAAUAUUGCUAUUACAUGUAUUCUUUACUUAUUAGAUAUACAUAACUUCGAUCUCAUUGUAGGUAUAUUUGUGUUUAGUGACUAUGGCCACAUGUGACCAUAUUGAUUAUCAAGUACAGGACGAUUCAGUAGAGCCAGAGGAAUUAGUUCAUCGACAGUCGACGUUAACUUGAGAGUGAAUAGAGUUCGACAACGGGUGGUCAGCGCAACGCUGAACCCACGCCUGCUCUGGUCGCCAUCGCAAUGGCGUUAUCACGUUAUGCCCUGCAGGUAAUUCCUUGGGCUGCGAUAUAUGUAUUUCACUGGGACUUAAUUAUUGUAUAGCACAAGAAUAUUAAACGCAAUGGAUAAAAUCGUCGUCACAUCUCGUGUUAUGGCGCAAAAUGUAAUAUGGCCUUGUAUGACGUUCUCCCCUCUAACUCCGUUAUGGAUAUUUAAUAUUCUUGGUAUAUAGCAGUGUUAACUAGUGACAAAAACCUUAUCAAACAUCGUAAACCAUUUAGGCGGCGUUUCCACCAGAAAUGAGUAAGGUACGUGGUGCGAGGAUGCGUAAUGUGUGUAAUGUGGAAAGUUGUAAAUAUUUCCACUAGAGAUGUGCCCGGCAGCUGAGCGGUGCGAGGGUGAGGGUGCGUAACGAGGAUGUGUAGCGGGAUCUUUUCAAAUAAGCGAGCAGGGUGCGGACCGGUUGUUUUGUAUGUACAAAAAACCUCGCUCCGAUGAGCUGUUUUCACUACAGUUGCAAUGCACUACAGUUGGAAUGCAAGAUAGGUAGAUAAAUUAAGUUUCGCAUCUCUGGUGGAAAAUCAGCCUUAUUCUCUUUACAACUACAGCAUAUUAUUAACCAAGUCAUUAAAUGAUUUCGACACUAAAAGUUACAAGUUUACUGUUAUUGACGUUAUUGUUGAUCAAUAAUUGUUAGGUUUUUAAGAGUUGCGCCCUGCGCCCCAUUAACGUUACAUUUGCAUUGGGACAAUGUAAAAUUUUUGGCACAUGUAUAUUACGCGUUUUUGGGUUUUUACAGCCCCAUAUAUAAAAGUUAACCGAAUAAUAAGUAAAUAACGCGUGGCGAGGCCACAGAGAGAUCAUUUUUUAACAGUUUUUGCACGUGUACAUUUUUGAAACAAUUCUAAAAAAAUAAAUUACGUGUAAAAUUUGUGAACUUAUGACGUGUAAUUUAAAAUUUAAAUUUAAGCGGCAAGUGAUGAUAAACAACAAUGCGUUGUUAUAAAUACGAAAGCAAUUUGUUAGUGAUAAAGGCGUAGGUACUUACCAUCCGAGUGUAAGGUGAGUGCGUAAUGUAAAUUGUAAGGUAGAGAAUAAUGAGUGAAACGAGCCCUGUGCCUCCAUCAGUUGCAGCAUUCAAACAUACCGCUUGUGCGCUUCACUUACCACAAGUGGAGCUUUAAGCUUGACAUCGAUUACCUGCUCUGCUGUCUACAACGAACUCCGGUCAAUGAAAGGGUUGACUUAGCUUUAGAGCCGAACGAGAGAAUACGAGGGCCGUUUGAUAUAUUUUUUUUUACUUUUUAUAUAACUUUUAUUUGGUAAAAAUGGCACUAACACUGGCUGGCCCAAUCUUUCAUACAAAAAAUGUCGAACUUUCAGCAAGAAAAAACAACAAAUUGACACUUUAACAAUUGCUUAACCCCCCAAAUUUUUUUACCAACUAUGGAAAAAUCUGAAUUUCGUGCCGUUAUUAAACAAUUUUUUAUGUAGAAAAUUGUUGGAAAAACGACCAAUAUUAUCCCCCACGAAAGUCCUCUUUCAUCAAGACAAUGCCCCAGUGCACACCUCAACUAUUGCAAUAGCAAAAAUUCACGAAUUAGGCUUCGAGCUGGUUGCCAUGCUCCGUAUUCACCGGACUUAGCUCCGUGUGGUUAUUACCUAUUUCCAAAUUUCAAAAGAUGGCUUGGAGGGCAAACAUUUUUAAUGAAUGAGGACUGUAUCGCAGGCGUGAACGGCUAUUUUGCAGACCUCAACAAAUUGUAUUUUUGGAGGGGAUAAAAAAAAUUGGAAACUCGCUGGAAUAAGUUAUUGGCCCUUCAAGGAGAUUAUGUUAAGAAUUAAAUGCAAUUUUUAUAAAAAAAAUAUAUAUGUUUUUGACUUUUUUUAACUUAUCAAACAGCCCUCGUAUGACUAUCAAACAUACUCAAAUAUUUACUUACUUAAGCAAAUGUCUAUACUUAUACCAUAGCAUACCCUAACUUAUCGUUUAUUGCCCGCGGAUAUUAUGUUGCUAGUUAUUUUCAUAUGAAAAUUGAUAAACAAAUUAUAAAGCUAUUAGGGCUCGCGCUCACUCACUAGUCAAGUAUAAACAAACAAACAGACAAAUAAGUGCAUAUUAGUAAUGUACCUUCUUUGUUCAUUAAAGUUGAAACUUAUGAAUGUAUUAGAGUCGUAGUGAUAUGAAGUAGAUUGUGUGUUUACCUCUCAACUAGCACGUUUUUGCCCCGUGGCCUGCUCUGCGUGGUCCAUGCAGCACUCACUGUUCUAACAUCUUUGCCAAAUAUAUAGUCUAUGUACAAAUAACUCUUUGAAUACUUGCCUACUACUUGUUGACAUCUCUCCAUCUUUUUCGGCGAAUCCUGAAUACAUAUUUUUUGGAGGACUUUUGGAUAUUUCCGUUAGCGACUCUCACUGUAACUUAGUAUCGAUGUAAGUAUCUACUUAUAACUUAAGGUAAUCUACUCAUCUGCAGCUUUAUACGAUAACAAUGUUAUCUUUCGCUUGUAAAUUCUCUUAUGAUAUUUAUACUAAUCUAUAAAAAUUGCUAAUUGUAAGCCUUAAGAUUGGGUGAUAUCUGUGCAGUGACCUGGCGUUAAUUUAAGUAGUUGCGUAUUAACUAAUAGGCUGUAUACAGACUAUUCGUAAAGCUAUGUGAUACAUUUCUUGUUUACUAUUAUUAUUUAGUAACUAAUCUUAUCCUAAUCCGACCCAAUUAGUUCAAAAUGUGCCGCUAUUUAAACAGCGGCUAUAAUGCGCGCAAAAUGGCAUAGGUACAUACUCGUAGAGUCAUUCUGGGUAAGAGCACGCUGUAGGUAUGGUGUUUCGUUUUUCUUUUUGGCCGAUCCACUUCACAGCGUACUUAAGAGGGGGCUCUAAGGCAAAAUUGUUUUUUAUAUUGAAUUUUUACACAUAAUCAAGGGCAAAUACCAUGAAAUUUACAUUCUGAAACUAGAAUAUAUUUACGAGGGCAGACUAUAAGUAAAACCUAAAAAGAUUAAAGUUGACUCUCGAUAUGAAAAAGACACACGAAAACACGUCUAAUUUUAAUUUAAUUCUAUAUCAUUCGUUAUCCUGCGUAAUAUAGCAAUAUAGUUUUAGUCUAAAAUAGCUAAUUAUACAGCCGAGGGGUUUAACUAGCACACAGAAGAACACUUUCAGAGACAUUGAGGUAAAACGUUAAAAUUCGCGCAGCGCGGCAUAUCUUUUAUGCCUUUCUAAUUUCCUGCUUUUACGCCCCCUCUUAAAAAUACGCAAAACACAGAAAUGACCACGUAGUAAAAAGUCGUUAGAACAGUAUUUAAGGUCAAACUGAUUAUCGACUCUAUCUCAAUGAACCAUAGAUCAUAGGUCACUUACUUAUUCUAUGCAAGUAUAUAUUUUUGAAAAUAAUCUCUUCGAAAAGAAGAGCGAUUACUCAAAAAUGGCUAAACUGAUCAUGUUCGCUAUAGUUUUCAUUAAGUUUUUAUUAACCCUUUUCCAGGCCGCACUAAUCUCUCAAAGAAUCUAAAUACAUAUAUCCCAAUCAAUUAAGUUUUGGUGAUUAACCAUGAAUCACAUUUUGCGAAAGUCCAUUUUAAUUUGAACCAUAAAUCCGACCCUUAGAGAUGAAAUUUCAUUAACACGUACGUGGUCGAUAUAUACUGGAAAAGGGUUAAGCUUUACUUUCAUGCUUUGUAUCAUAUUUUUGUACCCAUAUAUGGUUCACAUCACAAGUAUGUAAAGGAGGAGGACGCAUACUUCUUUCUUUCCGAGCGAUUAUUUCCAAAAAUAUUCACUUGAUAAAUAAAAGGUUGUUGACCCCAAUUCGGAACCUUAAAAAAUGACAGCAAACCUUAAGAACCGAGUAAUUUCUACGAAUACAUAAUAUACUAAAUAAACCGUUCGUGAGUUUAUUUUCCAAUAAUACUUAAGCAUUAAAUUUAUAUUCUUGAAGAAAGGACAUAAGUGAAAGAAAUAUUAUUUUGAUCUUACAAUUGUAAGUUACAAGCUAAAUACUCACUUGAACCCUCUGAAACGCCGUAGGUACCUUACUCUCCAAAAACCAUCUGAUGGUCACUGCACUUACAAACCCGUCUAGGAUAAACAUUCUCAUUUCUAUAUUGCAUUUCCGAUUAUUCGGAGUUUCCAAAUACUUGUACUUGCUUCGUACUGUGAGUCAAUUUAUGUCAUUAGACAAUUUUUAUAGGCGUAAAGAAGUUAACGAACUAGAGUAGGUAAAUUGUUGCGGGCUGUGCAUUUCGAUUAGGAUAAAAGUAGCCUACGACAUAAAUGUAAACAGUGAUCUACAAGACCUUAUAUAUAAUAGGUGAGGCAACACUGCUCACUCCGACCUUGCUUCCAUGUUUUUGCUUGGACUUACAUCUUGAGUUACGGAUUUUAUUUAAGUAGACUAUCUCAAUUUUCUUUAAGAUAAAAGGAUCUACCUAAAAAAAUAGAGUAUAAUAAAGUUUAUUUGCGAUUUGUGGUACUACUGAUACCGAUUAAGGAUAUGUGUUAUCGCAGCAUGUAGUUCUCAUUCGUAAAUGUUAUUUACCUACUGAUUAAGAAAACCUACCAAACCAAGUAAGAAUGGUUAGAUAAUUUCGUACGUACUUUCGUUCGUUCGUGUAUUACCUACUUAAUUUCAUACGUAGAUAUUUGCAUAAAAUAUAAUAACGGGCUCCAUUUUUACGUAUGGGACACCUGUAUUGUGAGUUGUCCCGAUACCGGUAGCACGAUCCCUGCUUUUUUUGUGUCCGUAAAAUGAGAUCCAUCCCUCUCACACCUGCUUUAUGUACCUACCUAUUUAUACUUACCCGAUAAUCUGAAUUCACGCAUGUGGCGGAUUCAUUAUUGUUCAUUGUAACUGUUUACAAUCCAACACUGGCCGCUGGCCUAAGAACACUUCCUUCACCUCCUUACCAGCUCCUUUACCAUACAUAAUAUACAUACCAAAAUUGUACGUACCAUAGACUCUUGCAACACUAAAAUACAUCAAAUGUAUAACUAUGACAUACUUGUAUUACUAUAUGAACUAGAACUACUUACAUUGCUAGCCUUACAAUGAAUUGAUGAUGACAAUGAAUGAAUUUAUAUUUAACUACCUUUUAUUAGUAUUUUGCAAAAUACAGCUACCGAACUUUUAGAAUUAUAGGUAAUAAUGCAGGAGUUACUUAUGUGUAUGACCCGCCCGCACUACUCAUAGUUAAGUUUAUAUAAUAAAUUCGAUUAUGUUUAUGUUAAAAGCUUACUUAUUGAGUACUUAUGUGUAGCUUUUAUCAGUAAUAAACAAUACAUAAUUACCUAAUACAUUGCACACUUAUGUCGUUUUAUCUAUUACCUACUUAAUUAAUAAAGAACACUCGCUCAGAAUAUACAUAUGUAAAUAUAAAUUGUUAAACCAGCCCACUGUACCCACACCACGAACAACCGUAUGUAACAUUGGAAAACCAAGUGUAUAGUCAGCUGCAGAGAUAGUUGACUUCCCCCGCAAAUAAAUUUCUAUGCUGGGGGAUCAGUUAUCUCUCCAGAUUAGCAGAUUGUACAUACUUGUAAAUUGCUCGAGAAUAUAGUAAACAAAUGAACGUCACAUACUGUCGUUACGCGUAGUAGCCGUAGUAUAGUCUACUCAGCUAAUUUAAAAUAGUGAAAAAUAGAGAUACUACUCCUAAAAAUACGUGUGAUACCUCAUUGGAUUUGGAAUAAAUUACACAACAUAAAUUAUUAGCACACAAAAAAUUACAAAAACUGCAGACAAAAAACUAAAAAGGCGGAAAAAAGAAGACAUUUCCUUUUUCGUCAAUAUCUCAAGAAGUAUUAAUAUUUAAGAAAUCUGAAUAAAAUUAUUAAAGGGGAGGAAAUUGUCAGUUAAAAAGUCUGUACUUGCAGAACUGUAUCUCCAUCAUUUAUACUUUUUAUUCAACGCUGAACAUAGCUCUCCACGUCUCAUUUUCGGGAUACGUGCGCGGCGUGAAAAAGCAAUUGUACGUAAACAUAAAAUAUUAUUUUAAAGUUAUUAAAUAUACAUAAACUCUUUUCUUGAACUCUUUGUCUUUCUUAUAUACGAGUACAUGCUUAACAAGCGCACGUCAUAAAUUUUGAUAAAAUUAACACCUUGCUUAAAAUAAAUUUUGGAAUAAUGGUGAAAACUAACAAAAAAAAAUCGAGGUAAAAUUGUAAAAUAUAAAACGACAUUAUAACCAAACUAUUAAUUAUUUGUUUACUUUUAUAAGGUCGUUUGGCAUGUAUAUAAGAAGGGCUCCACGAAUCUAAAAUAUUUUAAGAGAAUUAUUUAUAAUUUCUUUUUUGUUUACAAUGAAAUUCGAGAAAAUUUUGUUAAAAAUCAAUUUCCUAACUUGUUGGUAAUUACCCCCUUAUUCAUAAAACCUUACGAGCCUGAUUUAGUUAAAUUAUGUGUCCCUUUCUUGCAAAUACAUAAAUCAACAUGAUAGAAAGACAAACGAUUCAUAGCUAAUUCAGGCCUGUAACGCUUUUAUGAAUAACGCCAUAAAUCUUUAAGUAUUGUAUUGUAUUGUAUACGGGCGAUUUUCCGCAACUCGACGACUGGCGCCUAUUUUGCGUGACAUGUGGGGGUGGGCUAGUCCAGCCAGUCCAGCUCCUCGAGGAAUCCUAACAAACCUUUAAUGUUGAGUAGGACCUCGGGGAGGUCUCUCGGGGAUCCGAGAUGUUUAGCCCUGUAUGGAGUCACUCCGCUGCAUUCCAGCACCACGUGAGAGGCUGUUUCUUCUGUCUCCAUGCAUCCUCGGCAUAGUGGACUGUCUGUGACACCUGUUGUGAAAAGAUGUUUGUUAAAUAGUCCAUGACCUGUUAUAAGACUGGUUACCAUACUCAGUCGGACCUUCCCUAGUUGCAGGAGGGCCCUUGUGAGCUUUCCGUUGAUGCCAGGCAUGGCUUCUUUUGCCUGUCUGCAUCCAGCCUGGUUCAGCCAGUGUUCUGUGUGUAGUUUCCCUGUACGUGCCAGCAGCAUUGAGCGUACCUUGCUAAACGGUAUCGGAAGAAUCGGUUCCGGACCAAUCUCUACGUAUUUUUUCUAACGGUAAUAUAUUCUUUAAAGUGUUCAUGAUACUUCUUUUUUUUACGUAUACAAUUAAUGCCUUCAAAUAAUAUUCAAUGUAACGUACUUGCUUUUGGAGCCGCGCGCCCAUACCCAAAAUCACGCGCGGUUACCUAUUUUCAACUUUGAAUAAAAAGUAAAAAUAGUGGAGAGACAGUUCUGCAAGUAUGGACUUUUCUAUUGGAAAUAUCGUCCUCUUUUAUAAUAUUAUACUAUGUGAGAUAUUGGGGAAAUAAGAAAUGUCUACUUUUUCCCCCUUUUUUAGGGUUCCGUAGCCAAAUGGCAAAAAACGGAACCCUUAUAGAUUCGUCACGUCCGUCUCGUCUGUCCGUUUAUUGUUAAUAACAUUUGAUAUUUUUUGUGUUCUCAUAAACGUUUGGAAUUAUUUUUCUAAACAACAUUACGAAUCUAAUGAGGUAUCACAUGUAUUUGUAGGAGUAGUAUCUCUAUUUUUCACAGUUUUCACUUUGUCGAGUAGACAAGACCCUGAGAAUAUGUUUCAUAAUUAUUAUUUUUAGCAUGUUUUAAUAAAUAAAUAAACAUAUUUUUUUAAAAGAAUUUCACCCAAGGUCAAAAGUACGAAAUAUUAUUAAUAUUGUAUAUUGGUACCUAACCAAAAACUUUCAUUAGGCAACCCCAAAUGUUUAAAAAUAAAACUUAAUAUAUUAUAAAUAAAAUAAAAUAAAAUAGCCUUUUAUUUCUUGCGAAAUUUUAACAUUUUAACAUUGUUGUUUAGAGUUAAGUUAAAAUAAUUUUAGAACUAACAUCAAAAAACUAUAGUAUAAAACUUAGUAUUAAAACAUCCCAAUAUAUUGUAAACUUAUAAGAAAUAAAAAUUCGGAAAAGUUUCAUAUGUAAGAAGAAAUCGCCCUUUUUAAUUGCCUUACAAAAUAUUGAACUGGCAAUUAUCGUAACCAGAAUUUAAGUUAUUUUGGUACUUUUAAAAUGUUCUACGUAUGUAUUACUAUUUUGUUUUCAAUUGGCAAUGAGUAGAAUAAAAAUCUCAUGACCGCGCAGUUUUUUAUUGCCAUAUAUUAAAAGUUUGUUUCCAUACUUUUGGCCUGGGGGUAAGUAUCUGGGUAAAUAGACCGAUGUUGGUCCCGAUCUUACCAGAGCUAAGUAUUACAGUAAACUGCAGAGAGUGCAAGCAAAUAAAUUUCUAUGCAGGGGGUUUCACUUAACUCUACAGCUUACUGUACCUAUAUCAUAAACACAAUAAUCAAGUGGAAAAAAUGUGAGUCUAAAAUUAUCGCUUUGGUUUCAUUGCACCUAUGUUUCAUAAUGUCAUUGCAUUAAUUUGUCCUUUUUAUAACAACUUAGUCCCAAAAUGUCAAAUGGUUUCCUUAGUAUGGAAGGUGGAGAUAAGGAAUGGAAUCUCCAUAUACCAAAAAGUCUCAUCAAAAAACCUUAAAUAGGUGGCGCUACAAUACCUAGAAUACUCGAAAAAAAAUGAAAUCAUAGACAAUGCACUUCACUCCGUCAGUAAGGCCUAGGUUCUUAGCUACUCUAGCGCUACUCUGGAGAGAUUUGGAACUAUUAUUUAUAUCUGACAACUGGACACUUUUGCAUCAGUUCUGCCUAUGGAGAUUGCAUUCCUUACCUCUACCUUCCAUACUUCUUAGAAUUGCCGAAUGUCAUACAUAAUGGCAUUAAUGACUCAUUCAUAUUGGCGAUGGCAAUGUCCUAAAAUAUAGAAAUGUUAAAAAGUACUUUUCGUCAAAUUCCGAAUAACCGAUGGGACUACGUUUUGAAAUACUAUAUUAAGUUUAAAUACUCGUACCUACGUCUGGUGCAAUUUUAUAACAUUUAUCGUAUUAACAAUCUUUUGCAACGUCAAACUAAAAGACGAUAUAGGUAAAAAACUUAAGUAAGUCACCUAUUGUAUGUAGUUGUGACGUGUUCGAAUAGACAUUUUUUUUGUUUGUGUGUGUCUUUUAAACAUGUAUUGUCUAUUCGAACACGUCACAACUACAUACAACAGGUGACUUACUUAAGUUUUUUACCUAUACGACAUUCCGGAAUUCAACGGUAUUGACACUGUUCCGUUUUGAAAUCUAAAAAAAUUGGUAAAAGGGUACUUACCUAUAAAAAAAAUCAGAAGCAAUGAAACCAAAGCAAAUUAUCGUGUGAUUUCCUUGUCGUAGAUGGCGUCACUUACAAGGUACCUUCUUAUUAGAACAAUGAUGUGGCACGCGAAAUUGUGUGAAGAUUAACAAACUAUAUUAACUCAAUAAACAAACUAAAGGUCACUCAAAAUAGUUUGGAUUCUGAUAUAAUGUUUUGUGGAAAUCAAAACUCCUAUCAUUGGAAAAUACUCAUAAAACGACAGGUGUUUUCGGUCAUUCUGCGGUUGCGUCCAAUUGGCACGACUCUUUUCAUACGUUUUGUAUGGGUCGCGGCAAUUAGACCGCAGACAUAUAUAUGAAAAUUAAUGACUUGUUAUCAUUGUACAUCAAUGCUUUUUAUUUAUUAUUUAUGUAUUCAUUAAUUUAAAAAACUGUUCUAAGUAUUUUCAUAUCUGCGCAUUACGAAAGGCACGUAUUGACAUUAUUUACAUAUUUCUAGAAAAACCGUAUAAGAGUUUUACGUAGUCUAGUAAAACUGUACCUACUAUAUUUUCGGAUUAGCCUGUUGUUUGAGUAAGUAUGUCCGUGUUAGAGAUACUUACUUGAGUACAUAUUUUAAGGUUGUCCCGUUCAUUUUGUCAUGGCUACUUGCAAUAAUAAAAUAAUGAGAAAAUUUAUUCAGAAUUAUCAACAAUCAUUACAUUAUUUUAAACUGUUUCUAUUUUCUUAUUUUUAACCAGCUAGUAAUUGAGAAUUCUUGAAUUUCUAAUUAAUAAAUGUGGAUAUAAAUUUC